CAGAGGGUAUUAUGGCUGAAAUUGCGACACACCGGGCCGACUGAUAUGCCCCAGACCGGUUGAAAUGCCCAGCUAUGCUUUCUGGGUAAAGAGCGCCCUGGUAUCCGCCCAUAUUCGCGUAAGGCAGGCCAGACUGAGCAGCUAGGCCGGACGCUGGAACAAAUGGAAAGUUCAAUUGAUUAAUUUGCCCACUUUAUGUAUGUUCCCGCUUGCUUCUAAAACGACGCUAGACCGACUUAAAUGCGGGUGUUUUGGUGACAAAUAGGAAAUGCAGAAAUCGUGUGAAACUAGAGGAUUAUCUGCUUGACUUCUUUGGUCGCUACUUCGGACGCGGAACUCCACUCGCUAAAAGGUGAAUCAUGACAGAAUAUAAGUUGGUUGUGGUGGGAGCUGGUGGUGUUGGCAAGAGCGCGCUCACUAUUCAGCUCAUCCAGAAUCACUUUGUGGAUGAAUAUGACCCCACCAUUGAGGACUCCUACAGAAAGCAGGUGGUUAUCGACGGAGAGACGUGUCUGCUGGACAUCCUGGACACUGCAGGUCAGGAGGAGUACAGCGCCAUGAGGGAUCAGUAUAUGAGGACAGGGGAAGGCUUCCUCUGCGUCUUUGCCAUCAACAACACCAAGUCCUUUGAGGACAUUCACCACUAUAGAGAACAGAUUAAGCGGGUGAAGGACUCUGAGGACGUCCCCAUGGUGUUGGUGGGGAACAAGUGUGACCUCCCGUCCCGGACAGUGGACACAAAGCAGGCUCAGGACUUAGCACGCAGCUACGGCAUUCCCUUUAUUGAGACCUCAGCCAAAACCAGACAGGGCGUUGAUGAUGCCUUUUACACAUUAGUUCGUGAAAUCCGGAAGCAUAAGGAGAAGAUGAGCAAGGAAGGCAAAAAGAAGAAAAAGAAGUCCAAGACAAAGUGUAUACUCAUGUGAAUAAUCACCCCUUUUCAAGACAGACUAAAAAUAAAACAUUGUUGACCAGUUCAAGUAAUACAUUUUGUACAUUACACUAAAUUAUUAGCCUCUUUGUCAGCACCUGCUUCACUGAAUACUAAACCUGACCUGAAUUCCCUGCCUUUCUUGUAUUUGGACAAUAACGAGCUUCAUUUUCCAAUUUAGUGCCAGUUGCUGACAUGUAUUGGUCCAACAGUCUGACGAGCCUGUUUUUUAUUAGAUAAUGGCGAUUUUGAUGAUUUGACAUAAUCUGCAGAGCUGGGAACUGAUUGUAUUGCCAGUCAGCUUUUACAAAUUAAUCAAAUUAUUAUCAUUAGUUUUCCUUAGCUUGAAAGGUCACAGCCUGCAUAUGUUCUCUAAUGCCCUUUCUAAGUAUGGGGUGCCAAAGAAUGAACAUUCAUCCCGCUCGCACAGACAAAACGGAUAUAAAGAAAAGGACCAACAUUCAGCCAGAUGAGAUCCAAAUGUUCCAACCACUGUGUAAUGUCCCCAUCUCUUACCUUUAGGUAUGACUUAGUUUUGUCAUUGAUAAAUAUGCAUGCAAACUCCUACUCUUUACCGAAUGUUGUAACACCCUAGUUAGCUUUUAAUUAAUUUUCAAUUUGUCAUUGCUUUGUAUUGCGUGGGGAGUGAUUUCAUACCUACAUGAGGAGAAACGCUUUUUCUUUUCUUUUCUUUUCUUUUUUUUUUCUUUUCUUUGCAUGGGUAUUGCAAACUGCCUUUAGUUGAUACAUGAACAGAGCCAGCAAGGAGGAACUCAGAACUCAGACUCUACUUUUUAAGUUUACAGAAAGUAGUUAACGUUUUUUUUUUUAAAUGAAUCCACCAUUGUCUUUUUUUUUUCUUUCUUAAAUCAACACGAUUUGACCCAUUUUGUUUUUAUUGUCUUAUAUGUCUUGUUUAAUGCUACGGUAGAAUCUUUUGUCAGAUCUAGACAUCAAUCAUUUCAUUGCUAUGUGUUUAUAAAAUCUGUCCGUAUACUCCCACCCCGAGGACUUCGCAUUCGAAACGAAUGUUUGGUUAAAUGCUAAAUUUGAGGAGUUGUGCAGAGUUUUUCUUGCUCUGUUUGCCAGACUAGCAAAAGAGGAGUAUUUGACUUGGUCUUUAGUCCUAGAGGUUAUUCAAAAUAUUGUCCAAAUGUAGUUUCAGAUUCUUUCCAGUGAAGAGCUCUUGAAGGAAUUUAGGAUUUAUUUGCAAAUGUGUUCAAAUUGUCUGGCGGCUUGCCUUUGAACAGAAAUGAUUGUGUAUUGUGUUGAAAUUGGAAGAGGCUGUUGCUAAAUGAGGCAGUAAUUGCCAUAAAAUAGGUUUUUAGACAAAUGUCCAACUUAAUCUAAAAAAAAAAAAAAAAAAGUAAUUUUCUCUUU